AUGUCAUCAAGUGAUACCUCAAGCGAACAAAUUUUAGUGCCUACACUUCGUCAUCGCCGUGUAUUGCGCUCGUCCGACGAUGAAAGUUUAUCACAGAAUGAGCGUGCGGAUACGAAUACAACGGGUGAUCAAGAAUGGUUCGAUCCGCAAGGAAAUCAACCUAAUAUAAGAGCUUUUAGGAGUGAAUGUGGGGUUGACAUAUCUAAUGUCACAGUACAAAAUUGUUGCAAUGUGGGAGACUUUUACGUUCUAUUGGUCACGGAAGAAAUACUUCAGGAAAUAAGCGACCAAACAAAUACAUACGCAGUGCAAAAGCAAUCAAUAAGUACUUCGAGGCGUAUAAAUAAGUGGGUCCCUACAAAUACAAAUGAAAUCAAGCGCUUAUUUGGGCUCAUCAUAUGGAUGGGAUUGGUAAAAUAUCCAGCGAUAUAUUUAUACUGGUCCAGGGAUCCGCAAUACUAUCAUCCAUUCCCACACAAAAUCAUGAGCAGGAAUCGAUUUGAGAUUCUUUUGAGGAUGCUUCACUUUUGCAACAAUGAAACAGCAGAUACCACCAACCGCUUAUACAAAAUCCAGCCGAUUAUUGACGAUUUGAACACAAAUUUUAAAAAAUAUUACCAUCCAACAGAAGUAAUCUGUAUUGAUGAAUCGAUGAUUCCAUUUCGUGGACGUAUUUUAUUCCGACAAUACAUGAAGCAGAAGAAACACAAGUAUGGCAUAAAAAUUUUUAAACUCAGCUGUGGCCUCGGUUACACAUAUAAUUUCAGUGUUUACAGUGGCAAAAUGUUCGACGAAGUGAACACGACGUCAACAAAUAUAGUACUGAAUUUGUGUGAAAAUAUAUUUCAUAAAGGCCAUACACUCUGUACUGACAAUUGGUACACCAGUGUAAAUUUGGCCAAACAACUCAUACAGAAAAAUACCCACUUGAUUGGUACACUAAGGAGUAACCGCAAGAAUAACCCAAAAGAAGUGGUAUUCAAAAAACUAAAACGGGGGGAAUGUGUCGCUCAAGAGAGUAAAGAAGGGAUCACAGUUUUGAAGUGGAGAGAGAAGCGUGACGUUCUAUUACUGUCGACUAAACAUACAUUAGAAAUGAAGACCGUUCGAACAAAAUCAAAAAUCAUUACUAAACCAACAAUUGUCAUAGAUUAUAAUGCGGGAAAAAAAUCUAUUGACCUGUCUGACCAAAUUGCUGCGUAUAGUAACCCAUUACGGAAAUCCAUGAAGUGGUAUCGAAAAUUGGGUUUUGAGUUAUUAUUGAACACCGCCGUUGUAAAUUCCUUCUUCAUACACCAAGAAACAACAGGCCAGAAGAUGUCUAUCACGAUGUUUCGCAAAAACUUGAUUGACACACUUGUGCAGGAGAAGGAGGAGGAACAAGUGAACACCCGUGUAAAUCAUCAGCAUCAUUUGAAAAAAAAGGAAGGCAGUGCGCACAAAAUUAGAAAAUACUGCACCAACUGCUAUCAAUAUAAUGCACGAAUGUUAGGAACAAAGACAGCUAGAAAUGUAACGCCAAAAGUAACAACCUUUUGUAAUGAAUGUACACAGCAACCUCACCUUUGCUUAUCUUGUUUCAAUAAAUUACAUUAA